AUGGACGUCAACUCGUUUAUCAACGUCAAAGACUACGGUGUCAAGGGUGAUGACGUGACGGACGACACGCAGGGGUUCAAGACCGUGUUCGACUUUGUAUUUCGCAGGGGCGGCGUCAUCUUCAUCCCGCACGGCGUGUACCCGAUCUCGGAGACGCUCGAGGUCGCGGUCGGCGUGCGGGUCGUGGGCGAGUGCUGGAGCCAGCUCAUGGCCAAAGGGUCGACCUUUUCGAACCAGAAGCAGGGCAAGCCGCUGCUGAGCGUGGGCGUGCCGGGCACGGGGCCCAAGGGCAAGUCGACGCACUUUGUCGGCGUCGAAUGGAACAUGCGCGGCGUCGCCGAGACGCAGCCCGGCAUGUACGACGUGCACUUCCGCGUCGGCGGCGCCGUCGGCACGGACCUCCAGCUCGCCGACUGUCCCCAGGGGGUGGGGACCGAGUGCCAGGCGGGCUUGCUCUUGAUGCACAUCACGCCCAGGGGGUCCGGGUUCUUUGUCAACGUCUGGGUCUGGGUGGCCGACCACGACAUUGACGACCAGGACUUCACCGAGCGCAUCAACAUCCACUUUUCGCGCGGCUGGCUGAUCGAGUCGACCGAGCCCCCCCUAGCCCUUACCGGGGUGCCCUCGGCUAGUAUCCGGGCGAUCUAA